AAAACCCGGUUCGGAGUCUGCCGAGCAGGGUGAAUUUUCACUCUUCCAGUUGCCUGAAAAUCGCGGACCCGCCUGGAUUUUCCGUGUUGCGUGCUCCCGGUUUUCUCCGAUCGCCGAAUUGGGAACGAAAAAUUCAAGAUCAAGAGGAACCUAGUCACUCGUCUUCAUGCAAAAUGGAUGACGAGGCUGAUGAAUUCACGAUUCAUAUAGCACGCUAUAGGCCACAAGAGAUACACAAAUUAGCCUCAAAGACCAAAUUCACCAAGAAGGAAAUUCAGUUGAUUUACCGAGGAUUUAAACAGGAGUGUCCAACAGGCAUGGUAGAUGAAGAAUCAUUUAUCCACAUAUUCUCCCAGUUCUUUCCACUAGGAGAUGCUACGAAUUAUGCCCAUUAUGUUUUCAACACUGUGAAACAGAAGCAAACGGGCAAAAUAAGUUUUGAGGACUUUUUAAACAUUCUGUCCAAAGUAUCAAGAGGAACAAUUCAAGAGAAGCUUCAAUGGAUUUUUGGUCUGUAUGACUUAAACGGAGAUGGCACGAUCAGCAAAUCUGAAUUAGUGGACAUCACUACUAGCAUUUAUGAAAUGCUCGGUCAUGCCACGCAACCGGCAGUGAACGACAAUUCAGCUAAAGAACAUGCUGAAAGAAUCUUCCAGCUUAUAGAUGCCAACAAAGAUGGGGUGAUUACCAUAGAAGAGAUGAUAACAUGGAUAUCGAGAGACGAAAGAUAUAUUAAGUCCUUAGAAACGCUAGAUACUGUGUUGUGAUUCUCUUUAUACCUCAUGUGCGUCUUUCAAUCGUACCAAUUUUUCAAAGUAUUUUACUAUAUUACAUCUAACUUUAGUUUUAUAUCGUGUUAUUGUACAAUUGCAGCCAUGUCUACCAAGUAUAUUAUGAUUAGGGAGAGUAUUGUAAAUUUCUAAAUUGUUAUCAAGUAAACUUUACAUAUAUAAAUACAAUUUAAUUCUAUAAAUGAGAUAAAAAUAAAUUAUGAAGCAGAAGAGUUAUAUUUGACAACCUUUUGGUUGAUUAGAAUUUGUAUGCUAAAUUAUAUCUAUUUUAUAAGUUCGUAAACAAAUAAUCUUUGUUGUUUUCUCUAUAGUUCGGCUUUAAAACGGAACCACGCGAAAUUAGUAUUUUGCUUCAAUUUUCAUAGUGUGGAAGUUUGGAUGAUGAUACACAGGGUUAUUAAAAAUAUAGUUCCAUGCAAUAGAUAAAUAUGUGUAACUCUUUUAUUGUGUGUAAUAUCUGUACAAGUAGUAGAUAUAUUUAAUGAGAUUAAUAAGUUUCCGAAAACACUAUCUACCAUUUAUUUAAAAGAGUAUAUAUAAAGAGAUUGUUCUAUCCUGUGACCUAAACCCAUUAUACAUAUAGGUAUGGUUCUAGUUAUUACAAAUGUGGUCAUGUGAUCUAUGUAAAAUCACAAAAAGUUGUUUUUCUAUUUAUGACAAAAAAAUGUGAGAAUACGAGGUAUGUUGCACAGCUAAAAGUCUUAUAUAUUUUUAAAUUAAUUCCCAUAAGACAUUCUCCUUAGAUUAGGUUACCAUAACUUUAAGUGACUUCUAAAUUUCAAAGAUAGAAUGUUAUUUAUUUGUGAGUAAAAUAUUGUCCUGA